AUGGUGUCCUGUGAAGAGGAAGUGUUGCGAAUUGGCCGAAAAUUUGAACGAAUGAUACAAGGAACUAAGACGAUGAAUGAUGCGAUGGAAUUAUUGGAUGCAUUAGCGGCAUUACCUAUCGACAUCAAUAUCCUUACUAAAACUCGUAUUGGUAUGACAAUCAAUGAUUUACGCAAGAAAACCAGCGAUGAACAGAUUGCUAAGAGAGCUAAAGUUUUGAUUAAGGAAUGGAAGGUUUUGUUGGCCAAUAAAACGAGUAGUAGUAAGGGCGAUGCGAAAGAUGCUGUAACAAAGAGUAAUUCAUCAGCAUCACUUUCUUCAACAUUUAGUGAAAGCUCCAAACAUUUGUCACAAUCUUCUGCACCACAAAAAAAUACAGCUAAUUCUUCAACGCCUUCAAUGGCAACCAGGAAACAGCUUCUUCCUGAUGAGGUCCGGAAUAAGUGUGCUACGAUGAUUCUCGAUGCUCUGCUUUCAAAGGAACUACCGGAUGGAACUCUUGAUCCCGAAGAAUUGGCAAUUAGAACUGAGAGGAAAUUGUUCGAGGUUCAUCGUGGUACUUCGGAGAAGUACAGAGCAGCCUUACGAAGUCGGGUGUUCAACUUGCGUGAUAAAAAGAAUUUGGUUCUGCGUGAAAAUGUGUUGAUUGGUGCUGUAACUCCUGAAAAAUUCGCAGUAAUGACAGCUGAUGAAAUGGCAUCGGAUGAAAUGAAAGCACAACGAGAGAAAUUUACCAAACAGGCAAUUGAAGAAUAUCAGAUGGCAGUUCAGGAGGGAACUCCUUCUGAUAUGUUUAAAUGUGGGAAAUGUGGGAAGAAAAAUUGCACCUAUACACAAGUGCAGACACGUAGUGCAGAUGAACCUAUGACGACGUUCGUUUUUUGUCGCGAAUGCGGCAAUAGAUGGAAGUUUUGUUAG